AUGCCAAGCCGCAUUCCUUGUAGCAUGGACCCCGAUCCCAUUGACAAUGGCGCUGCCCAAGGCCCUAAUCAGCCCAUCAACGACAGUGACAAUGACAGCUCAACUGCCGACGUCGAGGCUGCCUUAGCCUCUCUUGCAUCCGAGUCCAUAGCUGCCGUUGAGUCUGCAAACGGAAACGCCGCGGGGCUCGCGGAGCCCGCUCCACACCAAGCCGAUGUGUCCACCUUGACCGCAACGCCGGCCCCAGCUCGGAAUGCGGUUCCCGAUCCUGCCCCGGUUUCUGCUGCAACCGUGACCCCCGGCACAACCGGCCGGAGGGGCAAGCGUGCUGCAACUGGUACUCCUGGCUCUGCAUCCAAACCACCUAAAGCUCAACGUAUCUCGCGCUGCUGCGAUCAAUGCCAUGGCAAGAGCAGCAAAUGCUCAGGUUUUAAGCCGUGCAAUAUCUGUACCACAAAGGGCCGGACGUGUACGUACGACCGUCCUUAUACUAGGGGUAUCGCAAGGACCCCUCCUCCACCCCCUGAGGACGAUGAUGGCACAGCUCGUAACUGGGCUCGCCCUUACAAUGACAAGGGCAAGGAGCAUCGCGAUAAGGGUUGGGCCAUGCGCUCUUGCGACCAUUGUCGUACCCAUCAACUUCGCUGCGAGGGCAAGCUACCUUGCGAGAGCUGCUUUAAAGAGCGCCUGCCGUGCACAUACAAGCUCCGGGCACACCAAAGAGACGCCGGCGGUUCUGUUCCCCAGUUCUCCCUGGAGGCUGAGGGGCACGAGGAUAUGUCCCAGGCUGUGGCUGAGCGCAUCGGACCUGACAUUACACCGCUCCAGUUCCACAUGCGAUAUGGAAACGAGGAAGUUCCUGCGCUGUACUUCCUCCACAAGGCCUGGCGGAGGAUCGCUCAGGCUUUGGACCGUUACACUCGGCGCGCGGCCCAAAAUGCCAACCAAGGGAAUCAAGCUAACCCGCCCCUUCCCCCGGCCCCUUCUGCCGACCCCGAGGAGUUGGUUCUCUGUACCGGUGACCAGCCCUUCGAUCUCUCAAAGCCUCACGAGUUCCCCGAGGCUCUCAGCAAGUGGUGGGAGAUGCAAGAGAAAUUUAGCAUCGGCUGGACCGAGACCUUCCAUUUCAUCCAUCGCCUGACUAUGAAGUCAUGGACAGACGUUGUCUACAAGAACUGGCGCGUCAAGGCACCCCUCGAAUACAGCAUCGGCCAUGCGAAGGCGUCCAUUGCUCUGAUGACCAUGGCGCUUGGUACCAUGUAUCUCAACGCCAAAUGGCGUCCUGGCAAGAAGGAUCAGGCCUGGCAGUGGAUGUACACCCUUAAUAAUGGUGAUCAUCUGUUCCUGCUCACCAUUCGCCUCACCGACAAGGAACCUGGGCCACCAACUCUUGAGUCGGUCCAGGCUCGUUUGCUCCAGACUUUCUAUCUGCUUAAUACCUGCCGCCUUAGCCAGGCUUGGUAUGUCUUCGGAAAUGUUGUCCACAUGAUUACUGCUCUCGGGCUCCACCGUCGGCGGGGAGGGAAUCGCGGGCUUGGUCCAGAAAUCGUGCGCCAUCCGGAGUACGCCAAAAUCCAAUGCGAGAGGCGUACCUUUUGGUCAGCGUACAUCCUAGAUAAGCAAAUAUCCCUCAUGGCUGGCAGGCCUGCCUACUUCAAUCUCGAUCUGGUCGACCAAGACUUGCCGGAUUGUGUCAACGAUGAAGAUAUGGGGCGAGCUGGCCCUUUUAGGCCUCACCGGGGCGACUGCUACAUGGAAGCACUCGUGGAACAGGCCAAGCUGGCGAAAAUCGUCGAGCAGAUCAUGCGCGAUGUUUACACUCUCUAUGAAAUCCCGGAGGAGACGAGGUUGGAGCGUGCUUGGAGCCUUGGUCUACAAAUCGAGCAGUGGAGAACUCAGCUUCCGUUCCUCAUGUCCCAGAUUAAGCCGUCGCUAUUAAACUUGACCUACCGUCGGCAAGCCCUGCUCCUGCAGCUCGCCCAUUGGCACGCUCAAAUGCUCGCUUACCGGCCCUUCUUGACAGCCACCUAUCCCUAUAACCGAGAAAAGCGGCGUAUCGCCGAUGCUGCAAUUCGCAACUGUACCGAAGCGGCUCGCGCGACCCUUUGUAUGGCCCUCAACCUUGCCCGCGAGCAGGGCGAGCGUGACAAGAGCCACUUCCACACUAUCCUAUACGCUCAUCAUCUUACUUACUGUGCAGCUGCUAUCGCCUUUAUCCUGCCGCAUGUUCGCGAGCGCCAGCGCAUUAUCAAUGCCGACUCGCGUUAUCAGAAACUGCAGAAGCCAGAAACGGACCUGCGUUUAUAUGAACUGGCCAACCGCGCCAUCAGGGCUCUUGUCCAGGAUACGAACCCUUACUCACCGGCACGUCGUUGGGCCGUGAUCCUUGAGGAACUUCGCGAUGAAGCCGCGAUGCAAGUGCCUUUCUUGCAACAAUUGCUACAGCAACAGCCACAGCAACAACUGCCCCAGCAGCCUCAACAGCACCAGGAAACGGCAGCAGCAGCAGAUGAGGACUUUGGCUCGCCCAAUGAGCAACUGCUGGAAGAUGCGCUGCGCGCCCAUUGGGAGGUUGACCUCGCACGUGAGAGCGUGGGCUUCAGUGGAGGCGCAAACCACGCCCAAAACCCUCAGGCAAACCACCCAGAAGUUAUGCCCCAGAUUGUGCCCCGGCAUUGGGACAAGUGGAAGACAACCGACUGGUUGGAUCUUGACUCUGCGAACCGCAGCCGCAACUGCAACUGCAACUGCAUCCGCCAACACAGCCCCAACCACAGCCAACAGGAGCAUUGCCGUGAUAUGUUCACCAUGUUUUGGAAGCAUUGA